UUUUGCAUCUAGUGCAACGAAAAUAAUAUAUGAGGACGCGCACGAGCCGUUAUAUUAGUUGUGACUAUAUAAUACUAGCGUAAUAAUAUAGAUAACACUAGACGUUAUAUUUCAAAAUACCCAGUUUUAACACGGAAACAUGUGACGUGUUUGACUGUCGGAGGGUAAAACUAAUAUUAUGUAACCCCUGUUAUUCUCGACAUCUGAUAACAAAUCCAAAGUUCAUCAAUGCAGGUAGAGUUGAGGCUGAACACAAACUGACUGACUGAGCUUCAAUGGCAUCCUGUCCCACAACAACCCCUCACUGCUGUCUCAACAGGGAACUGUGGAUAGCCUCAAGCACUAAAUGAAGAAUGGCAAGGUUUAGGCGCAAAUUUUGCAUCACAUUAAUUGCUUUGGUGUUGCUUGUGCUCAUAAUAACAGUGAUCUUGAAGGCGCUCACGCCAGAGGACUCUCCUUUCAGCGGCCAGUUUGGUAUGGAGGUGGUCCCGCGCACAAAGACUGAGAUCCAGAGGGAAAACAACAAAAAGCCUGACCAGAUCAAAAUGAAUGACUCUGCUCAGUCGGACAAAGAUGCAGAACUGGAAGCUACUCUGAGGAAGUUUCCUCCCCCAAACUACUACCUCCACGCCUUCUACUACAUAUGGUUUGGGAACCCCGAGUUUGACGGCAAGUAUAUCCACUGGGACCACGUGCAGCUGCCACACUGGGACUUUAAGGUGGCACAGGGGUAUCCGCAAGGGAGACACAUCCCACCUGAUGACAUCGGGUCCAACUUCUACCCCUCUCUGGGGGCUUACAGUUCCAGGGAUCCCUCUGUUAUAGAGGCUCAUAUGCAGCAGCUGCGCACAGCAGCCAUUGGAGUCAUGGCGGUUUCCUGGUAUCCUCCUGAUUUGAAGGAUGAUAAUGGUGAGCCAUUGGAUGGCAUUGUGCCUUUGUUGCUGGAAGUGGCCAAUAAGUACCAUAUUAAGGUAGCGUUUCACAUUGAACCAUACAAAGGAAGAGAUGAAGUCACCAUGUUCACUAAUGUCAAAUACAUUAUUGAGAAAUACGGAGAGCACCCUGCUUUCUUCAAGUACCGGACAAACACUGGCAAGCUUCUUCCACUCUUCUAUGUGUAUGACUCAUAUCUGAUGAACUCGCAACAGUGGGCCAAACUGCUAAAACACACAGAGAGUAACAGCAUCAGGGACACCCCAUAUGAUGCCAUCUUCAUCGCUUUGCUGGUUGAGGAGAGACACAAGAGGGAUAUCCUUACUGCCGGUUUUGAUGGUGUCUACACUUACUUUGCUACUAAUGGAUUUUCCUAUGGCUCCACUCAGCGGAACUGGGACUCUAUAAAAGCUUUUUGUGAAGACAACAACCUGAUAUUCAUCCCAAGUGUGGGCCCUGGGUAUAUUGACACAAGCAUUCGACCCUGGAACUUCCAAAACACUCGAAACCGCAUCAACGGCAAAUACUAUGAGACCUCGCUGAGUGCUGCUUUACAGGCAAGGCCUGAUUUUAUCUCUAUAACAUCUUUUAAUGAAUGGCACGAGGGGACCCAGAUCGAAACGGCAAUUCCCAAAACAAGCCAGACUGUGUAUCUGGACUACCUGCCCAAUAAACCCUCAAUCUACCUGGAGAUAACUCGAAAAUGGGCUGCAAUAUUUGGUGGUGAGCGACGGAAAUGGCAGGAAUGAUGUGACUAAGAGCCAUUGUGGGUGUUUAUUUGUGGUUGUAUAAAUAAUUACAUGAAAAGAACAUGAUUAUACAAAAUGCACAUGAUGAAUAAUUGUAUGAAAGCAGCUACAUGAUUUGCAAAGCCACAGGCUAAAUUAUCUUAAUUUAGGCUGCAGUGAUGUAUGUGGUCUUUUUACGCUUUAGUGAAUUAUUGUUAAUUUAACUGAUGUCUUAUUACUUGUUUACACACCCUUGUAAGUUUUCAGAAUCAUAACGUAAUCAGCAUGUUUUUAUCACCGUCUCCAGCUGAAACUGUGCAUUGGCAUGAUUUGCCGUCCUGUAAUCUGCGACUAUAUUAAACCUCAAUAGAAAAUUAAUAAAGUGCACCCUGGAAAGGAAGGAAAGACACCAAUAAACAAAGCAGUC